ACCUCAGUAACCACAUUUCCUGUCUUGAGUUGAGUGUCAGUUUCCUGUUCAUAGCGUCCUGUGUUAUGAAUAAUGUGUCACAUCCAUCUGACAUUUUGAAUGUGUUGCAUUUCAAACACAAAAAGACGAGAGGAAGGAAGAAAUCUGAAGUAUGCUUAACUGCAGUACUCAAAACAGAACACAGGAACAUCGCUCUUCCCAUCAGACAGACAUUAACAACAACAUGGAAAAACAACCUGUUUAUGCUGUGAUCUUUGGCUGCCUUAUGGUCAUCGGUCUGACUCUCAAUGCCGUGUCACUGUGGAUCCUGCUCCGCCGUCACAGCAUCAAAACUACCAGCGCAGUCUUCAUGGUCAACCUGGCAAUCUCGGACCUGCAGCUUGUCAUCUCCUUGCCCAUGAGGGUCUACUUUUACGCCACGGGCAUUUGGCCACUGAGUGAAAGGGCAUGCAACUUGAUCACAAUGCUCUUUUGCAACAACAUCCGCUCCAGUGCCAUCUUCAUCACCUUCAUCAGUAUGGACCGGCUGCUGGCUAUUGUUUUUCCUCUGAGGUCACGCCAUCUGCGAACCUCGUCCAACGCCUGGAAAGCCGCUGUGCUCAUCUGGUUGUUUGUGUUUGUGGUCAACAUCCCAGAGAGUAAGGGCCUUUCAAGAAUUUUAAGCCAACAAAAUCAAUCUAUCUGUUUUGACAUUCCUCACCAUGAUGGGUCUGGUACAUCUCCAUUUAUUUACUUUGUGGCUGUGCUGUUGCUCACCAUGCUGGCAGUCAACAUUGUGUGCACUGCUCUGGUGUCUUGGACUCUACGCAGACAUCUGAAUGAAUCUGCAAGAAUCCGCAACAAGGUGAAUGUAAUGCUGAUUUUUGCCAUGAGCUUGAUUAUGUUUAUCAUAUGUUUCUUGCCUUUGACGAUUGGUUUGGUUAUAAGCACACGUAGGUUGACACCUUUGACAUGUCUUGCAACUGUGAACUGCUGUCUUGAUCCACUCUUGUAUUACUUUUCUUUGGAUGCCUUCUGGAAGAAAAAACAGGAUGUGCAUCUUCCAAGAGAAACAUAGACAAACAACAUAUACCGUUUUCAUAUUUUCAUGAGAUGGCACCAGAUACAGUGUAUGUGAUAUUCUGAUUUUCCUAAUUCUUCAGCUAAACAGCUUGUAUGGGUGUGGGUUCGUCAUUUUGUUUGACUGUAUGGUGGGUUUCAUCAACAAACCAACAGUAAUUGUCUCUUCAGCAAAAUGUUUUUGAAACUUCGUGAAAGAGGUGAAGAAAACGCUUGUUGAUGAAUAUAAUUUGUGCCUAUAGGCUGCAACACCACAGCUUCAUGUUGAGAGAGAGUUGAGCCAGUUUUAAGAGAAAUAAUGAAUCUUUAAGUAAUAGUUCCACAGUUUAUUCACCCUCUUCCGGGGAGUUAGCUAAGAAGAUUGGUGCCACUCGUAUCUUUGCCAAAAGUCAGGCGAUAAGACAAAUAGCUCUCUCAUGUCCGUACAUAACCUACAGCCAGGAGGCUAGCUUGGCACAAAGACUUUAAAAAGUGAGAAAAUAGCUAGUCAAGCUAGUAGUCAAACUGUGAUCUUUUUUUUUUAACAUUUUAAUUUCUUCACCAAUAAUAAAAGGAAGCUAAAACAUGUGAAUCGGUGAACAACUUUGCCAUCAUAGUUAGUGUUCAGGUAUUAAGUGGGUUUCCAAAAUGUCUGUCUUAAUUUUCUGCCAUUUUGUAUGAAUCUUGUGUUAUGCCUUUUUCCUUCAGUCAUCAGACCUGAACUCUCAAGACUGACCAAUGUCUUGCGUGUGAUUAAACAUCCGAGCUGGUUUAUAAGCAGCUGAGAAAAAACCUUACUUUUACCCUUAUUGUAGCAUCAUCCUUUUCUCAUUGUGUAUUUGAUUCUGUGUAAUCAUGCUCUGACUGUUUUGACUCUAUUAUGUAUUCCAUAUUAUAAAUCAUAUGAUGUGACUCCUGCUUUUGUCUUAUUUGAGAGUGUCUCAGCAGUGGAGACAGAUCUCCAGCCCUGAACCCUAAAAUGACCCAAAAGUAAUCACUGCUAUUGUGACUGCACAAUGGGGACUGGCAAAUAGCUUUGUUUUAUAUUAACCAUAUAUUAUGAUUAUUAUUCCAUCCAUUACAAUUGCAAUAAAAUGUCAAACGAG